CUCUGCAGCAAAUGUGCAGCUCGCGCGUUGUUGCUGCCGCAUGGGUCCACCGUGUCCUUCUGUUACGUGCCGAGAGAGACGGCUGCCCGGUGAGAAAUGUGCCUAGCGUUCGCUUUCAGAUCGACCCGGCGUGCUGACUCACGGCGCACGCAUCCCCGGCGCCGUUUUCUCAAAGCCCGCUGCGGCGCAACUGAACCAACGUGGUCCUUAUUUCUGGAAGCAGUGCCAUGGGUAACGCGAGCCAGCCCGUGGACUACGUGUCGGGCGUGCCGGCGGUGCGGGCCUUCUUCUACUGCGUGUACGCGCUCGUGUUCGCCGUGGGCAUCUCGGGCAACGCGCUCGUGUGCUUCGUGGUGGCGCGGCAGCGGGCCAUGCACACGGUGACCAACCUGUUCAUCGCCAACCUGGCGCUCUCCGACAUCCUGCUGUGCGCGCUCGCGGUGCCCUUCACGCCGCUGCACCAGUUCGUGGGCGCCUGGCCGCUGGGCGCCGCGCUCUGCCGCCUGGUGCCGUACGCACAGGGCGUCAGCGUGUACGUGUCCUCGUUCACGCUCACGGCGAUCGCGGUGGACCGCUUCGUCGUCAUCAUGCACCCGUUCCGCGGCCGGCUGCGGCUGCCCGUGUGCGGCGCCCUGGUUGGCCUCGUGUGGCUCGCCGGCGGCUUGCUCACGCUGCCGUACGGCCUCUUCAUCGGCCUGGGCGGCGGCUUCUGCGAGGAGCGCUGGCCCUCCGAGCGCAGCCGGCGCGCCUUCAGCCUGUGCACCAGCGCGCUGCAGUUCGGCCUGCCGUUCGCCGUCAUCAGCUUCUGCUACAUGCGCGUCUGCUGCAAGCUGGGCGCGCGCGCGCGGGCCAAGCCCGGCGCCAAGUCGGCGCAGCGGGAGCAGCUGGAGCGGCGGCGCACGCGGCGCACCAACCGCAUGCUGGUCUCGAUGGUGGCCAUAUUCGGCGCCUGCUGGCUGCCGCUCAACCUGUACAACCUGGCCGUCGACUUUUCGGUGCGCGCAGCCAGCUGGCAGUUUGCGAACGCCUUCUUCUUCCUGGCGCAUGCGAUCGCCAUGAGCUCGACCUGCUACAACCCUUUCCUCUACACCUGGCUCAACGACAGCUUCCGCAAGGAGUUCAAGGCCGUGCUGCCGUGCUUCGCGAGCCGUCGAGCCGAAGCGCCCGCCGUGCGCUACGUGUGCAGCGGCGACGCCGUCAAGCUCUGAAUAAAGCCGGUGGACGAGUGCAAGUCAAGCGGUGUCAGUGCAGACAUUCAAUACGUGAAACAAUGGCUACUUUCAUGUGUUGCUGCAAACCUGUGUUGCUGCAUGACCCGCACAGGGAGGUUAGGCAGUUCGUGAAAGAGACGCGCAUGCAGACAAGCGCUCCUCUUUUCGAAUGUCUUCAUUUUUACGUGCACUGCCAUCGUAGGCUUAGCCGCAUUGCUAGGAGUCCACGUUCUCAGCAGUAUGGCUUCCUAAUAUGGUAACCGCGCAUUCCGCAACAAAACAGCGCGGCCUUUUUUAUUUUUUGCACUGCACUAAAGCAUCUAAACGUUCACAGGGAACAAAGCUCACCUGCGGCUGCACGAGCUUCUCGAACUCGACGGCGAACGCGCCUUGUAAUUAAGCCGGCGCUUUUGUUAACUGCGGUCAAGUUCGACCUCCGACGUCCAACGGGCGAAAGAGGCAAAUGAAGCUAUCUGCUUUGAAAGUUUAGGGCUAUUUGAUUUCUCAACCGAAUUAGGUGUCCGUAAAAGCAUGGGAUGGUGAACGUUACAGGAGCAAUGUCAGGCCCCGGUCGUGGGCAAAGCCUGGCUUGCUCAUUUCGCCUCGGCUUCACGCUUACUCCAGUAAUGCCACCCUAGGAAGGGUGGUGGUUUGGGCUAGUUGGUUUUCCAUGAUGUGCACGGAGCAGGAGAAAGGGAAACAGAAAAGACGAGCGCUUGCUGCCUACUGAAAUUCUAUUGUUUGAUACAGCAGUUCAUAUAUAGCAGAGGGAAUGAAAUAUGCGAAAUGUGACAUAAACCAGAGAUACCGCCCACUGUUCGCGCCGACGUUGUCUGGAAACACCCCUUUGCGACAAGGGUGGCUCACUUCCUUCACGUGCCAUGCUAGCUGCUUCGAAAUUCAUGCGCCUGCGGUCGUGCAUGUGCGUGAAAAAUUACUUGAACGCAGGGGCGCUGCAACACAGGGCUGGAAAACCUUCCUAACAUUGUCAACACGCUCUCGCAGGCGAUCCUUUGAAUGUCUGCUCGUCUGGCUAUCAUGCGGCACAGCUCAAGGGGAUUCUGUACACGACCCCCCAUUCCGCCUGUAGCAGCUUCACACGGGGCAUUUUGUUUCUUGAUAGCUUCUCCUUGAUGGUGAACAAAGCUUGUGUGGUGUAGAAGAAACUACGCCAACCCGCUCAGCGAUCUUUCUUUUUAAGUUGAUGGGUGACUUGAUGUUUCUACGGAAUCACCGCGGCCUUCCGGUCCUUUUCUGCGGCGACAGUGAAGCUACGGUGUAGGCGGAAUGAGCGUGGGGCGACGUGUGCAUCACUUUUACUCAAACACACUUCAAGGAUUCCUAAGAAAUGAACCGAGCGAAUUCUAGAACUACCUUAAACCUAAGGCAUCAAGCGAUCCCUAAGUGUCGCCCGAAACUAGCAAACAAAGCGCUAAUUCACUAAAUAACUAUUUUUCUUCUAUCUUCACAACUGACCAUGGGAAACUACGUCAAAUUGACAUCACCGUUAACAGCACACUAAGCCCCCUCACGGAGGCCGGAGUAUUGAACCUUCUCCUAAACCUGGACACAAUAAGAGGGCCAGGCCCGGACAAAAUACCCAACGCUUUCUUGAAACGCAGAAUGGAUGACCAAGUACCUUUGUAUAAUAUUUAACAAAUCAUUAUCAUCUGUUCUUCCUCAGGAUUGGAAAUCUGCAAAAGUUGUCCCAAUACAGAAAUCAGGCUGCAAAGACGACCCGUCCAACUUUCGGCCGAUUUCGUUUACGAGUACCGUGCGCAAACUUCUACAACACAUCAUACUAAAACAUAUAACCGUUUUCUUAGAAAACGAGAGUAUCAUAUCGCCAUAUCAACAUGGCUUUCGCAGAGGCCUUUCUACAAUCACUCAACUACUGGAACUAACCCACGACAUAUCAUUUAAUAUCGACCAACACAGACAAAGGGAUCUCAUCCUACUCGAUUUCUCGAAGGCAUUUGAUCGGGUAUCACACAAAAAGCUCAUAAGAAAACUGGAGAUUACAUUAGGUACAGGCCCCAUAAUUGACUGGAUUUGCGACUAUCUUACUAACCGUACCCAGUUUGUGGAAGUGAACGGAUCGAUUUCCCAGACAGCCCGGGCAACAUCGGGAGUCCCCCAAGGAAGCGUUCUGGCUCCCCUUUUAUUUCUAAUUUUUAUUAAUGACCUACUCGCAAAAAUCACAGGAAACAUUAGGCUAUUUGCAGGCGACUGCAUUCUUUAUCGAAAUAUUAACUCGCAUGAUGACCACAUAACAAUAAAUGACGACUUGAAAUCUGUGUCUAACUGGUGUACCCACUGGUAGAUGACCAUCAAUACUAAGAAAUCUGCUCUUCUUUCAAUCACCAGGAAAAAAAGUAACUCGAACAUUAUGUAUACCAUUAACGACGUGCCACUAAUACGAGUUCAUGAACACAAGCACCUCGGAUUAACGUUAACAGCACGACUUCAAAUGAAACUCUCAUAUAAAUAACGUUACAGCGACUGCAAUGAAACGCCUUUUCUUUCUUAGAAGACACCUCCGACUAGCACCACCCGAUAUAAAACUUUUGGCUUACAAAAUUUUCGUCAGGUCAGUCCUUGAGUACGUACGCAAAUAUUAUCUGGUUCCCAUACACUAAACAAAUAAUUAAAAAACUAGCAGAUGUACAAAGUAAAGCUCUACGGUAUGUAUACAAUAAACAUAAAUUAACAGACUCGCCCACCGAACUACUUAACCAAGCCGGAAUCCUAACAGUACAAAACCGAGCUGUACUAGCCCGUUCUAAACUUAUGUACCAGCUCUUACACAACAAGCUUAAUAUUGAUACCUCUAGUUACAUGUCUACAAAUGAAACACGGCCACCGCGACAUAAUAACACACAAACACUCAAUGAGCAUUCUUUUCAUAACGAUUGCUUUAAAAUUCAUUCUUUCCUUUAGCGAUAAGAGAGUAGACUAAACUGAGUGAAUCCAUUAGUAACAGCUCCUCAUUAGAUACAUUUGCUAAUUCAGUGGAAAAACAUGUUGCCUUACAGCUCUGAUUUACAUACUCAGGUCUGUUACCGAUCUUCAUAGCCUAACACUUUAAUCUAUGAGAGUUCUUUUUGUAUGAUGCAUUAUACGCAUGACUGCAUUCUGUUUCUCAUGUUCAUUGGGUAUUUUAUAUCACAUGUAUGUUCAGGUGUAUUUUUUUCUUUCUCUUGUUUGGUUUCUUCUUUUCUCAGAUUCUUCUUCGUUAUAGUACAUUGUACCCAAAUAUUGCAUUUGUGAUGAAGUACUUAAUUCUUUUGUUUAGCGAAGCCAAAGCCUUAUGAUUAUAUGACACACUUAUGAUUAUAUAAUAUAUUUAUAGUCUUUGUUCGCAAAUACUACUAUAUGUACUUGCCCUUCCUGUUAUAAUCCCAUGAGGGAUUGACAGCAUGUGAAAUAAAUAAAUAAAAUUAAUGAACUUGUCAAAUAUUAUAAUUAAAUGAAGAAUGUCAAUGAGAAAAUUGUAGAGCAACAUGAAAAAUUCCCGCUACAGCUUUCUGUUGCUCAAUACGUGCUGCAUAAAAGUGUUUCUCCGAGCGUGAAAGAGGUCCGCGAAUGCACGCAAAAUGCCUAGAGUGGGCAGUGGCGCAACAAUUCUGCAUGGAUUCGCGUACAUGCGAAAAACACGUUUAUGCAGCACGUAUUCAGCAACAGAAAGCUGUAUCGGUAGUUGUUUAUGUUGCUCUACAAUUUUGUUAUUGACACUUUCAUCUAAUUAUAAUAUUUGAGAAGUUCAUUAACUAAUUUAGA